GCCCUCCAGGCCAUGCAGAUCCCUGCCCUGCUCCUGCUCAUCCUCCUGCUGCCCCCAGCCAGCACUGCUGCCCCAGGCCAGCCCUGCCCGUCAGAGAUGAACAAGGUCAAGGACCUGCUGGAGGUGAACUGCACGGGGCAGGGUCUCAGCGUGGUGCCCCCAGACCUGCCCAAGGACACGGGCAUCCUGCUGCUCAGCACCAACCGCCUGGUCUCCCUCUCCACCACUGCCUUCCUGCCCCUCACCCAGCUGCAGGACCUCGACCUGUCCGACAACGGGCUGGUGGCUCUGCACACUGGACCGCAGCUGCCAUCCCUGAGGGAGCUGAUCCUCUCCCACAACGCACUGGGGGCUCUGCCCGCCCUGCAGAGCCUGCCCGCUCUCACCCGCCUGGCCGUGGCCCACAACAGCCUGGUGACACUGGCCCCGGGGGCUUUCCGUGCCGUGAAGCAGCUGCAGGACCUGGACCUGCGAGGGAACCAGCUGCGGACGCUGCCCCAGGACACCUUUGCAGGGCUGAGGGCACUCAAGGACUUGGACCUCUCGGACAACCUCCUGGAGGAGCUCCCCAAGGAGCUGCUGCAGGAUCUGCAAAAGCUGGAGACCCUCUGGCUGUCAGGAAACCGCCUGCGGACCCUGCCCACCGACUUCUUCCCCGAGGGGCACCUCUUCGCCUAUGUCUUCCUCACGGAGAACCCCUGGCACUGUGACUGUGACCUCCGCUACCUGCGGGCCUGGAUCCGGCAGAACGAAGGCAGCGUCUAUGAGCCAGAGCGGGGCUUGGAGAAGACUAAGGUGGAGGUCGCCCCCGAGAAGGUGCUGUGCCAGAGCCCCCCUGAGCAUUGGCGGAAGCCCAUCAUCCACUUCAAGCCCAACUGUGGCAAUGUGGGGGACACAGAUGAGGAGGAAGAGGAUGAAUAUUAUGAUGAGGAAGAAACAAUGAAGAAAGCUACCAUGCCUACCUUCUUCCCCUCACAUCCAUCCCUCCCCAAAGAGCACAUGACCAUGUCCCGGGCUGUUAUUUGGCCUCCCCUCACUACCACAAGACCUCCCCUCAGCACCCCUUGUAGCUCCACCCUCGCCCCAAGCACUUUGCUUGCAAUGCCUGCAAGCACCAGAGCUCCCAGCAUCACCACUCCCGCACCAGCCAGUCCCACCAUCACGCCCACACAGACCCCUGGCACUACUGCCGUUCUCACUGCUGCUCCCACCAGCACCCCACACAGAUCCACCACCCUCAUCUCUACCACCUCACUGCCAACCACUAUGAGCACCAGACCACCCAGCACCAGCAGCCAUCCCCAAACCACCCUUGCUGCUGUCACUAACAACACCUAUACCACUCUCAUGAUGUCCACUGGCACAUUUUCCACCACCUCCAUGGCAGUGCCUUCUACUGCCGUGAUAGAGGCCUCUUCCAUUGUCAGAUCUUCACCUCCUCCUCUGACAUCUACUGUGCCAAUGGUCUCCACCAUCAUGCUUCCCACUCAUGCCCCGAUGCCCUCAGCUCCCCUGAACACCACACCCUUCUCUCAGCCAGCACCUUCCCCUCCACCUGCACCUCUCCCCCUCUGCCCGUGCUCCGCCCCGGGACUGGCUGUACCUGUGCUGCGCUCGUGGGCAGGUGAGGAGGGUCCACAGUGGGGGCAGUGGGUGCUGAGGCAUUGCUGCCUAUUGCACUGGGUGCUCUACCUGGCCUCCUUGGCUCUGCUGGUCCUGACCAUGCUGGCUCUAGCAGGUUUGCUGGCAUGGAUGUGUCUGGUGGGAAGGCCUUCCCGGUGUAAGUCCCUGCAGACGCAAGAGGUGCAGUAUCCACUGCUGAGGUGGAAAGAGUCGACAGGAAGCCCUGCAAUGCAUCUCAGCAGCUUCAAAAGCCCCCCCCAGCACACCACAUUCUGUACCAUCAAGGAAGUAGAGUUGUGGCCUGAGGUCACUUACUGCACAUUUAAAGACCUCGGGGUACAGCGCGGUCCGCCUGUAAGUUCCUCCUUUUGCACCACAAAGGAGCUGUGGAUCCACCAGGCUCCUCAGAAUGCUUUGUUCAAGCCUUUCUCCAGGAAGCUGAUGGUCACAAACCUCAGCUCUCUGAAGACCCCAUCUGCUUACAGCCUGGACAGGGGUGUCAAAGCCAUUGGUGAUGUCAGAGUGAAAUACAGUGGCAACACCUUGUAA